GGGCGCGGAGCGGGCUGGGCUCGGGCUGGGUCCGCGCCCGGCGCCGCCGCCGCCGCCGCUGCGCCCUCCCGGCUGCGAGUCCGCCCGGCUCCGGAUCACGUGGCGGUUGCCGGAGGCAGAGACUAGAGAGGAGAGAAAAAAAAAGCGCCUCAUUCCUUCUUCCACCGCCAUACUGUAUUUUAUAGUAACUCUCAUUUUUAUUCCUCCCUUUUACUCCCGCUCGUGGAAGGUUUUCCUGGAGAAUGAAGUGCGGUUUGGUUUCCUUGUCAACGGAAGAUGAAGUGAACAACUGAACAUCUCCCCAGUGCAGGUUUAAAGCCAAGUGAUCCAACCAUGACCGGCAAAACACAGACCAGCAACGUCACCAAUAAGAACGACCCAAAGUCCAUCAACUCCAGAGUCUUCAUCGGCAAUCUGAACACAGCCAUUGUCAAAAAAGGUGACAUCGAAGCAAUCUUUGCGAAGUAUGGGAAAAUAGUGGGCUGCUCAGUUCACAAAGGUUAUGCAUUUGUACAGUACAUGAGUGAGAGGCAUGCGAGGGCUGCAGUGGCAGGAGAGAACGCCAGGAUCAUCGCAGGGCAGCCACUAGAUAUCAACAUGGCAGGAGAACCAAAACCAUACAGACCAAAACCUGGCAACAAGCGGCCACUUUCAGCACUUUACAGACUUGAAUCAAAGGAGCCUUUCCUGUCCGUUGGUGGUUAUGUCUUUGAUUAUGAUUACUACAGAGAUGAUUUCUACAAUCGGUUGUUUGAUUACCAUGGCCGUGUCCCUCCACCGCCCCGUGCAGUGAUUCCACUGAAACGUCCUCGUGUGGCUGUGACAACAACUCGUAGGGGCAAAGGGGUUUUCUCCAUGAAAGGAGCAUCACGAUCCACCUCAAGUGGGGCUUCUUCCUCAGGAUCCAAAUCACCCACCCGUCUUCCCCUGCCCCUUAUGUGGAGUGAUACUGUCCUUGGAAGCGUCACUGGAAGAGGAAGAGAAAGAUCAGUGAAAUCAGAUGAGUUGCAAACAAUCAAGAAGGAAUUAACCCAAAUCAAAACAAAAAUUGACUCCUUGCUAGGGAGACUGGAAAAGAUUGAAAAGCAGCAAAAAGCUGAAGCAGAAGCCCAAAAGAAACAAAUGGAAGAUAAUGCUGAUUUGAUUCAAGAGGAAUGCAUAUCAGAGAAUGCAGAUAACUCUACGGAAGAGCCAAUUGAAGGAGGGCCAGAUGCAGAUGGGGAUGGAGAAGAUAUGACUGAUGGGAUAGAGGAGGAUUUUGAUGAGGAUGGCAGCAAUGAGCUGCUGUCUUGGCUUCUUUUUGAGGUUCUGCUGGAAGAAAUUCUAUGCCUUCAUACUAAAGCCAACAUUUCAUUUCUCAGUUUCUACAGAUCAAGUGAUGAGAUGUCAUGUGUGAACCCCCUGAAGGCUGAGAAGAGAAACUCUGACUUCCCCACAGAAUAUUGUGAACUGCGGUUUCUUACUGGCUAGCAACACCUUUAAUUCAAUUUGUAUGAAACUCAGUUUACUUAUUAAAAUGGACGUUAUUGUUCAAAUAUUAGAAAUUCCAUUUCUUAUAUGUUCUAAGCUGUACAAUUGUCAGAUUUUUAUGGUUUAGAUUGUAAAUGUGGUUUUCUCUGGCUAAUUAUUGGUAUUAUUUUUUUAAUUUUGAUGUCUUAAAGGCCAAUGUACUGUAUCAUAAUAAUAUGAAGGACAUAUUUAACAGGUGUGGAAAACACUGUAUACAAAUGUAUAUUUCUAAAAGCUAUUUUUAUGAUUAGCAUGUUUUACUGUUAUACCAUGUUUAGAGUCAGGUGAUAUUGCACUUCUUUGUUUAAUGUUUAAUUCAAACAAGACCAUUAUGAUCAGUGUCACAUUUAAAUACAUUGUAUGGUAUUUUCCAUUAUUUUAUUUAAUUUAUUUUUCAUUGGAAAUAAUUAUAUUUAGUAAUAGGAUAGCUUCUAAAAAGUGAAAAUGUCAAAAUAAGAGAGCAAUCCUUGACAAACUGUAAAUUGGAUCCUUCUGUAAAUCUCUUUCUUCAGAUAAGCACUCUCCCUGAUGCCAUUCAUCAGACAUUGUUACAGCUGUUCCUGCAAAUCUCUAAAGGCUGUUUGUUGUUACCAUAUGGAAAGUUUCCAUGACAGUCAGUCUCCUGUCUAGCCAGGAAAAUUACUUAUAGCCUGUCAACAUCUGACAGCCUGAGUUAGCCUAUACUUUUUGGGUUAUUUUCUGGCAGUAGUCUUUCCACUCACAAAAUCCUAAAUCCCUCCUAAAAACUUGAAGUUAGAAUAAUUAAUUAUUACAGAUGUUGUAGGGGGAAUCUCAGUAUAGAAUUUCUUAAUAAAUCAUAAUUCCUUUCAAACAGAAUGGAUGCAUUAUUUCUCCUGUGUUACUGAGACAUUAAGGGUAUCAAAGCAUAUAUGAUAUGGGCAAAAGGUCUUCUUCUCUGAUAAAAGUACCAGUUUGUUCACCACCCCGAAGUCAGACUUCCUUAGCACUGCAGAUGACAUGAAACAAGGAAUAUAUCAUCUACAUCUUUAUGUGAGAUAUACUCCUAUAGAAAGAGACAUGUUUUUAAAGUAGUUGCAAGGAAAUAAAUUAUUUAGUAACUACAGCUUUUCAAGAGGGAAUAGUAUUAACUUAGGAAGUAUCUUAGGCAGUCAAAUGGAGCUCAGACCCAGCUGUGUUCCAGUCUGCAGCACAAAGACCUGACAUCCAUUGAUAUCCAUGACCAGAGGUAUUUGGUAUUUGGGAUCAUUCAGCACUACAGAGAUGAACCCUUGCCUUGCCCUUUCAAUCAUUCUCUGUAGGCUGAAAGCAAGAGAAAACAAAAGAUACCAGACAGACUCUUUAAAAUAUUGAACUUUAAAUUUCUAUUUUAAAAAGCAGUUUCUGACAUGAUAGGUUCACCUCAAAUAGUGGGAGUAUGAGGAGGUGGGAGCUCAAGGUCUCUGGUCAGGUUUUGAGCAUGGGGACCAUCAUCAAAGACAGACUGAUAUUCUUCAAAAAAUUUGGAAGAAAAGCAUACAUUGGAAUUUAAUUUUCUAUUACUGAGUGGAAAAUUUCUUCACUAGGAGACUAUGUAACAUAGCACUUGCAGUUAUGUUUGUGUACCUUAUAUUUAGCUUGUCUAUUGUCUGUGGAGUUACAUGGUUUACAUAAGUGCUGGGUGGUACCUAGCUACUUAAUUAAGGAAAGACUAGAAUAAGUAGUUAUAUUUGAGCAUAAAGAAUCACAGCUUCAGAAUUUGCCAAGGCUGACUCUCCCAGAAAAUGCAGAAAAAAAAAAUUACUUCUCUGUAAGUGAAAUGUUAGGUCAAAUCAGAGGGUGAAAUACUUCUUCACUUUCUAUCUUUUAAUACAGGUUAUGAUCAUUCUUAACUCUAAAAAUGCAAUAAGAAUUGCCAUUCUGGGAUCUCCAUCUUUGCCUGACAGUUAAAAAAAAUAACUCCAAACCUUAGCAGCUAAAGGGGCAUUUUCCCCUUGGCUGACUUAAGAGAUGGAGAAUGUCAUCCAAGGAGAUCAGUUCUGAUAUUGGUAUUAAUAAACUAGAUAUGAGCAACAUCUAGCUAUAUUGUCUCUUCACCACCUCCAUUCCAAAUGCACUAAUACUCACAGAAAGCACUCUUAGAUUUUACACAUUCUUUACAAUCAUUACCCUUAGAUUAUAAACUCACAGAAAUAAUUGCACAUUCAUAAUAUUGACACUGUUUCACACUACAGUUUAAGUCCUGAAUAUAUUUUGAACACAAAAAGACGCCUCUGAUAACACCAUGGGGCACUAUUUAAUUUGCAAGCCAGAAGAUUGUUACGCCAUGCAGUCUAUUAUUAGCAAGGGUUCUCAAUAGCAUGUUUGCUUAAAAUCACUACAGAGGAUGCUGGUAGCUUCAACAGAUCUUGAUAGUUCUCUGCUGUUCAUGUAUGUGGUAUGCUCGGUGUUGUUUGCCACCACUACCUUUAUUGUUUUACAUGAGUUUUGUCAGUUGUGGGAUUUUUAAACAUUGCUCAUCCCUUGAAAUAUGGAAGAACAAGAAACAAAAGAUCUUGUCAAUCAGUUUGGAUAGUCAACAGUCUUAUAAAAUCCUUUAAAGUUCUGAAUCAAAUCAAUUCAUUUUCUACACAGACCUAUAUGCUCUGUGUAUUUCAGAUAUUUGUUUCAAACCUGUGCAGCUGCAUGAAUGGAAAAUAUUUACUAAAAAGCUUUAAAGUUUGGAUCAAGAAGAAAUAUUUUUACUUUUAUAAAUUCUUGUAUUACAUAUUGUUGCAAUUCUUAUUAGUUUUCUCUAUAUUUCCAUUUUUAGUUCUGAAAAACCACAGUACCUAAACAAUGUAGAUAGCUACAAUCUUGUAAGCAGUCAUGUUUUUAAUUGGUGCCACUACAAUUUAGAACUAAAACAUUCAGAGUUUGCCCAUGCAGAGCAGAUUGAUCGUUCAUUACAGUUUUCUUUAAAAUGUUGUAACAUAAUUUUUACAUGUCUGUAAAUAAAUAUUUUAUCUGAUUUAUGCACUAAA